AUUCUGGGCAGGGGACCAGGCUGAACAAUAUCCCCUGGGGGAAGGAUAGUCAUUAGGCCAAGCCAAGGGAGUAAUAUUGAGUUAGGAGAACAAAGCAGAUUGCCUGUAGGUUAGCCAGUGUGUGUGUGUUCGUGUGUGAGAGAGGGGAACAGAACACAGGGUUGCACCAUCCACUGGCCAUUGCUCAGGGCUGGUGUGAGGCCAGCUUGUCUGAGUCAUGGGAGGCUGGAGGGAAGCUGUCCUUUUCUGGGCUGUAGCUACCUGUGUGAGAUCAGACCCGUCUCUGGGAGAGACUGAUCAGACCGGAUUUCAAACUUGCAAGAAUGCCUUGAAACUACCGGUCCUGGAGGUCCUGCCCGGAGGGGGCUGGGAUAAUCUGCGGAAUGUGGACAUGGGACGGGUGUUGGAGUUGACCUACACCCACUGCAAGACCACAGAGGAUGGACAGUACAUUAUCCCCGACGCUGUCUACACCAUUCCACAGAAACAGAGCGACUUGGAGAUGAAUUCCGAAAUCCUGGAAUCCUGGAUGAAUUACCAGAGCAGCACCGCGUCGUCCAUCAACACUGAGCUCUCCCUGUUCUCCAAGGUCAACGGCAAGUUCUCUGCUGAGUUCCAGAGGAUGAAGACCCUUCAAGUAAAAGAACAAGCCAUCACCACCCGAGUGCAAGUCAGAAACCUGGUCUACACCGCCAAGAUCAACCCCACCUCAGAGCUCAGCUGGGAGUUUAAGAAGGAGCUCAUGGACAUCUGUGACCGGCUGGAGAACAACCAGACCAGGAUGGCCACCUACCUGGCUGAACUCCUGGUCCUCAACUACGGCACCCACGUCAUCACCAGCGUGGACGCCGGAGCUGCUCUUGUUCAGGAAGAUCACCUCAGGGCCACCUUCCUCCAGGAAGGCCAGAGCAGCCACACGGCCAUAACGGCGGCUGCGGGAAUCGCCUUCCUGAACAUCGUGAACUCCAAGCUGGAGGACAACUACACUUCCCAGAAUGCCUUGACCAAAGGCUACCUGGCGAACCGCACUCACUCCAGGGUGCAGAGCAUCGGAGGGGUACCAUUUUACCCCGGGAUCACCCUCCAAGCCUGGCAGCAGGGCAUCACCAACCACUUGGUGGCGGUGGACCGCGCUGGCCUGCCUCUGUAUUUCUUCAUCAAGCCGGACAAGCUGCCUGCCUUGCCUGGUCCCUUGGUGAAGAAGCUGUCCAAGACAGUAGAAAGUGCCGUGAGACGCUAUUAUGCCUUUAAUACCUACCCUGGCUGUACCGAUGUCAAUUCCCCCAACUUCAAUUUCCAGGCCAAUACAGACGAUGGCUCCUGCGAGGGGAAGAUGACCAACUUCUCGUUUGGUGGGGUGUAUCAGGAAUGCACCCAACUCUCAGGGAGCGAGGUGGCUCUCUGUCAGAACCUGGAGCAGAAGAAUCUACUCACGGGCAACUUCUCCUGUCCCUCCGGCUACCACGCCGUCCAUCUCCUGUCCCAGAUCCACGAGGAGGGUUACAAUCACCUCGACUGUCGACGGAAAUGCACCCUCUACAUCUUCUGUAAGACGGUGUGUGAGGAUGUGUUCCGAGUGGCGAAGGCUGAAUUUAGGGCUUUCUGGUGCGCGGCGCAUGGGCAGGUAUCUGAAAACUCUGGACUUCUCUUUGGGGGUCUUUUCAGUAGCAAGAGCAUGAACCCCUUGACGAAUGCCCAGUCGUGCCCGGCUGGCUACAUCCCACUGAGCCUGUUUGAGAGUCUCAAGGUGUGUGCCUCUCAGGACUACGAGCUGGGAUACAAGUUCUCAGUUCCCUUUGGGGGCUUCUUCAGCUGUGCUGUGGGCAACCCCUUGGUGAAUUCGGCCAUCUCCGGGGACCUCGGCGUACCCUCGCUGCAGAAAUGUCCUGGGGGUUUCAGCCAGCACCUGGCCCUCAUCAGCGAUGGCUGCCAAGUCUCCUACUGCGUCAAGGCCGGAGUCUUCACCAGUGGCCUUUUGCCCCCUGCCAGGCUCCCGCCUUACACGCGGCCGCCUCUUAUGAGCCAGGCUGCCACCAACACAGUCAUAGUGACCAACACCGAGGGGUCCAAAUCCUGGAUUAAAGACUCCCAGACCCACCAGUGGAGGCUGGGGGAGCCGCUGGAGUUGCGGAGAGCAAUGACCGUCGUCUACGGCGAUGGAAGUGGCCUGUCGAGAGGGGCAGUGGCUGGAGUCACAUUAGCAGUCACCAUCGGCCUGGCCGCUGCGAUUGCUUUGGUCCGCUAUGGCAUCCAGAAGUACAAGAAAAAAGGAUACCAGGCAAUCGAGGAGGAGGAGGAGGAAAGGCAGGGUUUUGCCACCUCUGGAGAUAGCCACAACCAAGAGCAAGGGCAAGGUCCAGCUUAAAUCUCUCCAGAUGCGGGGAGGGAGGGGGGGAAGCCCUUUCUGGGCUUGUCAGACCCCUGUCUGUCUUUCAAGCAUGACUUUCAUUACUGCUCUCUCGACUGUUACCUUCCCAAGUAUUGGAGUGACAAGGGCAACAGAAAGCAGGUACCACUGGGUGACUUCCUUAGCUUGGGAGGUGGGGGUGUGGGUGGGGCUAGAAAUGAAAAGGGUUCUGUGGGGAAGGAUGGGGCAGGGAGAGAACAAUUGUGAUUUGUUCAUCCAAAGGCCAUCCUAGGGGCUAACCCAGAAAUGCGGUUAUCUGUUCUCUGCUUUAUUACCUAAUUGUCUCCACCUGAAUGCAUGCGUGUAAAGAGAGGGAGAAAUGCAGACCUCUGGAUUUGUAAACUGCAUUUACUUUUUAUUUUUGGCUAGUCUUGGGACUUGAACUCAGGGCCUAGGCACUGCCCCAUGAGCCUUUUUGUGC